GUCCAACACGCCUCCGCGUCAGAUUGCCGAACAACUUCCCCAUAAGCUUAUCAACCACAACUGACGACGUGCGACUUGAGCGCAUCGUAUACUUACAUUUCCGAUCUUAUCACAUCUUUUUUUUUUCUCUUUUUUUUUGCUGUUACCUCUGCUACUAUGGUGAAGGAAGAAAAUGCCAAGCGCAAGGCUAGUGACGAGCCGACGUCACCAAUCGCAGCCAAAAGGGCAAAAUAUGAUGACUCGACCGAACCGGAGAAGAAAGCUGUCAUCAAACCGAUUCCAUUUCCAGAGAAGCCCGCCGUCAUCGAAGAGCGAAAUGGCGAGAUCGAAUUCCGCGUGGUGAACAACGACAAUGAGCGCGAGUCCCUCAUCAUCCUCACCGGCCUGAAAUGCAUAUUCCAAAAGCAACUGCCUAAGAUGCCUAAGGACUACAUAGCCCGACUUGUCUACGACCGAACCCAUCUAUCCAUCGCUAUCGUAAAAAAGCCCUUAGAAGUUGUCGGCGGGAUCACAUACCGACCCUUUAAGGGUCGCCAGUUCGCAGAAAUCGUUUUUUGCGCUAUCAGUAGCGACCAACAGGUUAAGGGUUACGGCGCCCAUCUUAUGUCACAUCUGAAAGACUACGUCAAGGCGACCAGCGACGUAAUGCACUUCCUCACUUACGCGGAUAAUUAUGCUAUAGGCUACUUUAAAAAGCAGGGCUUUACGAAGGAAAUCACAUUGCCGAGAUCAGUGUGGAUGGGUUAUAUCAAGGACUACGAAGGCGGUACAAUUAUGCAAUGCUCUAUGCUGCCGCGCGUUCGAUACCUCGAGAUGGGCCGCAUGCUCCUCAAGCAGAAGGAAUGCGUCCUAGCUAAGAUCCGGGCAUACUCCAAGUCGCACAUCAUCCACCAACCUCCCAAGCAAUGGAAGAACGGCGUUACCCCCAUCGACCCCCUGUCCAUCGAAGCAAUCCGAGCUUCGGGGUGGUCUCCCGACAUGGAUGAGCUGGCCCGACAGCCUCGCCACGGUCCGAACUACAACCAGCUCCUCCAUCUGCUUAACGACCUUCAGAACCACCAGUCGGCGUGGCCGUUCCUAAACCCGGUCAACAAGGACGACGUUGCAGACUAUUAUGACGUGAUCAAGGAGCCGAUGGAUCUUAGCACAAUGGAAACCAAGCUAGAAGCCGACCAGUACACCACCCCAGAAGAAUUCAUAAAAGAUGCCAAACUUAUCUUCGACAACUGCCGCAAAUACAACAACGAGUCGACGCCGUACGCCAAAUCUGCCAACAAGCUUGAAAAGUUUAUGUGGGCUCAGAUAAAAGCCAUCCCCGAGUGGUCGCACCUUGAACCAUAGGUCAGUAAAACGGGAGGAUCGCUCACGGAUAAUAUACGGCGCGAGGAUAGACGCGGGAGAGCGCAGGCUAUCGCCCGCAUCAAGGAGGAAUCUGAAACA